UCACCACUUACCUUAAUUUGUUACAUCAAGCAAGUAAAAUCUCCUGAUUAGAUUGCUUGAAAACAUAGAACUAUGGCUUCUCAGACCAAAGUCGUGAUGCUUCUUAUUCUCGCCACAGCAGGAGCAGCAUUGGCGGCUGAUAAUGACAUUGUGGCAGAUCUGUCAGUAAAGAACUGCCCAACUGGAUGGACAUUCUAUUCUGGUCGCUGCUACUUGUACAAUGCCGCCAGACUGGAUUGGGCUUCUGCAGAGAAAUUCUGUCAGGAUUUUGAUGCACACUUGGUCUCAAUACACAGUGAGAAUGAAUAUCAGCAGAUAAGGGCUCUUAUCCGUACUCAUGACCCCACGGAGGCUCUAACAUACAUCGGCCUCAGUGACUGUCAGAAGGCUUUUCAAUUCUUUUGGUCUGAUGGCACCAAAUUGACUUUCACCAAGUGGAGUCAAGGACAACCAGAUAAUCAUGACAACAAAGAGCGCUGUGUGCAUAUGAAUGCUGGUGACAAAAACUGGAAUGAUAUUAAUUGUGACUACACCUAUCCCUCUGUGUGUGCCAAGAAAAGUUGCUGAAGUGCUUCCUACUGCAUCUCACCAAAUAUAAUACAAUAUUAUUUCUCGUCACUGAUGAAUUUAUAAAAUGAUUCUGUGGCAGACUUUCAUAACUUCAGCAAUAAAAAAAAUCUAAAAAAAAAA